AGCCAAGCGGGAACACCGUUAUUUCCAUUUCUGACUCAACCCAUUAGAUGUCUCCUCCUAGCAAUCCAAUUUCUUUUCCCCUAAUUUGCUGGGCUUGCGCUUAAAAAAACUUCAAUUUCUUUCGGCUGACGGACCUAAGGCAGCGAGAGAACGUGCACCGUGGACCAGAAAGGAAGCGCGUAAAACCCCCGCCAGCUCCGCUUUCUCUCCAGCUCCCUCUCCCCGGCCUUUCCAGUUGGAGGGUGGGGGCUCGUGGGCACGAAGGCCCGUCCCCAUUUCGGCAGGAGCCUCCGAGUGGCCUAGGAGGGGGGCGGAGGAGGAGGAGGAGGAGAGCCCUGCCUUUGCAGAAGGCGCUACCCCAAUUUUCGACACAAGGAGCUGCUUUCACUUCCCGAGUUAGCUCGGUUUAGCCCGAAAAGGCAGGGGAGGCGCCGCGAGUGGGAAGGGGACCACCGUUGUCUCCAGUUCGGCUGCCCGGUUCCCCCAGAAGGAAGAUGCGGCUCUUCAUGGACGUUGUUCCCGCUACCCGGAGGAGCUCUUGGCUGUUCCCCAUCCUCCCUUUCAUUUGGGGCUUGGUGGUGGCUUCGUCGCUUGUUAACGCUGGACCCACAUACCUAUUGUUGGUUCCUAAAAUAAUCCGACCUGGAGCAAAUCUAACUAUUGGAGUUGGGCUGUUGAAGGAAAGCCCCUCGAGCAUUAGAAUACAAGCGCAAGUACUCUUGACAAAUACAUCCAUAAUACAAGGAGAAGCAGUCUUUCAAAGAGAUUCCUUUAGGACACUAGUCCUUCCAUCUCUCCCGUUGGGCAGUUCUGAUGGCGAUUAUGAGUUAUUAGUGAAUGGAUAUUCCAAAGAAAAACUGAUGUUUUCUAAUCGCACAUCACUGCCGUUUGAAAGCAAAAGUUUUUCAGUCUUCAUCCAGACUGACAAGCUAAUGUAUAAACCAGGACAAGAAGUGAAAAUACGGGUUGUUACUGUGCUUUCUGACCUCAAGCCAUAUAAUACUCCUGUAAAUAUUUACAUUAAGGAUCCUCAGGAAAAUUUGAUUCAGCAAUGGUUGACACAGAAUGGAAAAAUGGGCAAGAUCGCUAAGCAGUUCAAAUUAUCCAAAUAUCCUCUCUUUGGUGAUUGGUCUAUAGAGGCUCAAGUACAUGAUCAAUCCUAUUAUCAAUUAUUUACAGUAAUGGAAUAUGUGGCACCGAAGUUUGAAGUUUCUUUAACAACACCUACGUAUUAUUCUAUGCAAAGUAGGUUGAAUGGCACUAUCACAGCAAAGUACUUAUAUGGAAAACCAAUGAAAGGAAAGGUCACUAUUGAUUUCUUCUCAUUGUUUCGAACAAAGAACACAAAGAUAACUAAAAUAAUGGAGAUUAAUGGUUCUUUGAACUUCACACUGGAGAGUCCAGAGAUAAAAUAUCUAGCUGUCAGAGAUGAGGAUAUAUUGCAUCCAGGACCUAUAGAAAUUAUAGCUGUUGUUACAGAAUCUCUUACAGGAAUCUCCCAAAAUGCAAGUGCUACAGUAUUUUCACAGCUACAUGAUUAUUCAUUAGACUUCUUUGAGUAUCCAAGAUAUUUGAAGCCGCCUCUGAACUUCAUUGCUAUGCUGAAAAUAAGAAGAACUGAUAAUCAUCCACUAACGUCUGUUGAACAAAAGAAUAACGUCACAAUCAUGGUCACACAGUUAAAAAAUUCUUAUCAGAUACAUGACUAUAAAAACGAAUUACAUAGAAACAACACAGAUUAUGAGCUACAUUAUUAUCCUGUUCCAGAAGAUGGGAUUAUUCAGAUUGAGCUUCCAGUUUCAGCCAAUACAAGAGUUUUGCGCAUUAAGGCUGAAUUUCUGGAGUGUGAGAGUUCCAUAAAGAUACACAAUGUGUUCCACUCACCCAGUUUGUCUUACCUUCAGAUCAGAAAAACAAGCAAGGAUUCAAAAGCUGGGAUACCUUUGGAACUCAGCGUUCAGAGCACCAUACCAUUGAAAGAGAUCAACUAUAUGGUGAUGUCCAGAGGUCAAAUUGUGGAUGCAGGGAAAAAGAACACCACAAAAUUAAGUUUAAUUCCAGAAAAUUCUUGGGCUCCUACGGCUUGCAUAAUUGUCUUCUAUGUGCAUGAUAACGGGGAAAUAAUAAAUGAUGCUCUACAUAUUCCUGUUCAACUGACUUUAAAAAAUCAGAUUAACAUGCAUUGGAGUAAAAGUAAAGCUGGACCUGCUGAAGACAUCACCCUCAAAAUCAAAGUGACAGAACCCCAAACCUCUGUUGGACUUUUAGUUAUUGACAAAAGUGUACAUUUGUUGAGAAAAAGACAUGAUAUCACAGAGGAUGCUAUACACCAUGAGCUACAUUUGUAUGAAAAAGAACAAUAUUAUGUGGAAGGUGGAAGUGCUUUCAGCAUCUUUCAGAAUAACAAUCUCUGGAUAUGGACUGAUGCCAAUCCAGCAUUUCCACCCCAUAAGGACUAUGAAGAUUCACCGUUCGUGGAGUAUGAUGUUUUUUAUGACAUGGAUGAGCUACCUGUAGCCCAUGAACAUAACCCAGCAUUGCAUGACGGUGAUCUCCACGUGAGGAAGAAUUUUCCAGAGACUUGGCUUUGGCAAGAAAUAAUGACAAGAUCUACUGAAGCAACAAUAAAUGUUACUGUUCCUGAUACCAUUACAUCCUGGGUAGCCAGCGCAUUUAUAAUAUCUGAAAAUCUUGGAUUGGGUGUGAUGAAAAUACCCAUUGAGUUAGAAGUCUUCCAGCCAUUUUUUGUUUCUUUAAACCUUCCUCCUAGUGUCAUAAGAGGAGAACAAUUUAUAUUGGAAGUAAAUAUCUUCAAUUACUUGAAAGAAAGCACUGAGGUGAGAGUUACCCUUGAUACGAGUGAUAGCUUUGAGAUUUUUAAUCUCUCUAAUGAUAUAAAUGCCAUUGGAAACCAACAUACUGUUUGGAUACCAAGUGAAGAUGGGAAGACUGUCUUCUUUCCGAUUAUGCCAAAGCAGAUUGGAGAAAUCCCCAUCAGAGUGACCGCAAGAUCACCCAUUGCUUCAGAUGCUAUUCUCCAGAGACUAUUAGUGAAGGCUGAAGGAUUAGAACAAACUUACUCAGAGACAGUUCUUUUGGACUUAUCCAAAAGAACUAACCUUACGGAAAUUUUGAAUUUCAAUUUCCCCUCUGAUGUAGUUCCUGGCAGUGAAAGAGUGCAAGUUACAGUUACUGGUCAUACACUUAGUUCCUCUAUUAGUGGUUUGGAGUCACUGGUCAAGAUGCCUUAUGGUUGUGGGGAACAGAACAUGAUUAACUUUGCACCUAAUAUUUAUAUUCUGGAUUAUUUGAGUAAAACAGGCAACCUCCAAACCCAAUUCAAAUCAAAAAUUGUGUCUUAUAUGAGAGAAGGUUAUCAAAGAGAGCUUCUCUAUAAAAGAUUUGAUGGUUCUUUCAGUGCCUUUGGAAACAGUGAUCCCUCUGGGAGUACAUGGUUAUCAGCUUUUGUAUUAAGAAGUUUCAUUCAAGCACAAUCAUACAUUGAUAUUGAUCCAUAUAUCCCGAAGAGAACAGCUGCUUGGAUCCUCAGACAUCAGAAAUUGAGUGGAGAAUUUGAGGAGCCUGGACGAGUUCUACAUACCGAGCUUCAAGGAGGCACUAGCGAUUCUGUUUCACGGACAGCUUAUAUCUUGACUGCUCUAUUAGAAUAUCAGUUCAAUGAGAAUGAAAUACCUAUAAAACAAGCACUGGGCUUUCUUGAAUUUCAACUGAAUAACAUCAUAUCGGAUAAUCAUACGCUGGCUCUUGUGACCUAUGCAUUAUCACUUGCCAAAAGUACAGCAGCAAAGGGAGCUCUUGACAAACUGAAUGAGAAAUCAGAACGACAAGGGGAACUAAGGUUCUGGACAUCACCAUCUUCUGGACUCUCCAGUUCCUGGCAGCCAUGUUCUGCAGAUAUUGAAGUUGCAGGUUAUGCUCUCUUGUCUCAUUUUAUUCAACGAAGACUGUUAGAAGGGUUUCCAAUUAUGAAAUGGCUAAGCAAGCAAAGAAAUCACCUGGGAGGUUAUUCUUCUACACAGGACACCAUAGUGGCUCUGCAGGCCUUGAGUAGCUUUGCUGCGGCACUUACAACUGAUUCUGUGACAGAAAUAGAUGUGACAGUGAGUGGAUCCAUGGAAGAAAAUUCAACGUUUUUCCGAAUUGAUCAUGAAAACCGUUUUGUUCUCAAGACCAAGGAGUUUCCAGCUGCACAGCCUAUUAGAGUUACAAUUUCUGCAAACGGCCAUGGUUUUGCUAUUUUACAGCUCAAUGUUGUAUACAAUGUGAAAAAUUCACAUACCAACAAAAGGCGUAGAUCUGCAGAAAAUCAAGAAGCCUUUGACUUAGAUGUUUAUGUAAAGGAUGACAAAGAAGACAUAAAUAGCUUAACUUUAAACGUGUGUACCAGAUAUCUGGGUACUGGCUCAUCUUCAAGGACUGGCAUGGCUCUCAUGGAGAUUGGAUUGCUGAGUGGCUUCUCUCUGUCGCCCAGUUUUGUGUCAUUAGUUGACCCAGUUAAAAAGAUGGAAAAAGAGGAUGGCAAAAUCCAUUUAUAUCUGGACUCUUUAAACGAAACACAGAUUUGUGUGGACAUUCCAGCUGUGAGAGACUUCAAAGUGGCAAAUACCAAGGAUGCUUCAGUGACUGUGAUGGAUUAUUAUGAGCCCAGGAGGAGAACCGUGAAAAGCUACAACUCCAGGGUGAUGCAGAGUUUGUCAUCUUGUACUCUCUGUGAAGAUGAUGAAUGUGAUUUUUGUAAAGCCGAUGGCUCUUUACCCCUUUCUCUCUCUUUGGAAUUGUUAGUACUGCUAGUGCUGUCCAUUUUCUAUGUUGUGGUCUGAUUUAAUAACUGGAUGACUGACGCUUAUUGCACUGCUGAGAGUACCAUUGAUUGUAUUUUCCUGGACCCUGUGAAAAUUGAUUUAUGGGUCUAAACUCUGUGUAAGAAUUUGCAAGUCAAAUUGAGUUAAGGGUAAAUUGCUCAGAAUGGAAAACUUUUCACAUUAGUGCCAUUUUUAUUUUCAUUGGCAUCUUCUAUACUGGUGUUUCUCACCCUUGGCAAUUUUAAGACGUGUGGGCUUCAAAUCCCAGAAUUCCCCAGACAGCAAAUUCACAGGGUAUAAAAUUGCCAAGAUUGAGAAACACUGUUCUUUAUCUAUUAAAUGCUUAGGGACUUGCUGCAAAAUCUUAUAUACUGCAUAUGUUUGCCUAGUAAUAAGUCUGAAGGGCUCUGACUUUUAAUAAGUGUAUAUAAGAUUGCAACCUAAACUAUUUUCUCCAGUGAAAUAGGGGAGGAUCCAGACUCUAACCUUUGCUCUGAAUUAGAUAAUGUUAAAUUAAAAUUAAAUUGCUUUGUCUAAAAUUUAAUCAUUUUUUUAAUUUAAAUCAUGUCUGAAUGAGACCAAACUGAUAUUCAAGGGAAAAAAAACUGAAAUGGAGUAUAUAUUUUGUAUUAGUUUCUUAUUUUUAUAGUAAAUUUGACAGUUUUUUAAAGGAAUAUUUUUAGUUUUAGUACUUAUACAAUAUAUUAUUUAAGCCUUGCAUCCCUAAUUUAUGGAAUUUAGUUUAUGGUACACUGCAAGCUAACAAUUAAUUUAUAAGUGUUAUUGACUGUACUGGCAUAGGACUGAGGCUGUCCUUCAAAGCAGUACUUUGGGCCAGAUUAACAUUAAUUGCAAUAAUUACUGAUUUCCUCAGUUAUGUUCUAAAAAUCUAAAUUAUUGUUAUAUGCAAUGAUUGUACAAUGUGCACAUAAGGAGAGAGACAUACUAAAUUACAGCUUUAAAAAACCCAAUUUCAAGCAGCUGGCCAUAAUUGAUACUUGAAUAGUCACAUUAUGGUUUACAGAGAGUCAGCAUAUUGCCCCCAACAAUCUGGGUCCUCAUUUUACCCACCUCGGAAGGAUGGAAG